UAACUGUUGUUUGUUUACAGGUCUACAGGUCUGGCUUCAAAAUCCUAAUCUGACCCUGAGGAGAGAAGUUCUGACUUUGAGAGAGAGGAGGGGGCACUGCCUCUAAAAUGAGUCUCUCUGGGGAGAGAGAGGAGGGGGCCCCUGCCUCUAAAAUGAGUCUCUCUGGGGAGAGAGAGGAAGGGGGCCCUGCCUCUAAAAUGAGUCUCUCUGGGGAACAUGACAUGGACACCAAAGCUAAGAGCCCAAUCCAGGAGAGACCAGCCUCACCUGUACCCAGCUGUGUGUCCAUGAAGAGUGACAGGUCUAUGGAUGAACCUAUCAAUUUCAAAGCUGGAGGAGGACCUUCUAAUGAGGAAGGGAUCAGACAGCAGAGACCAGCCUCACCUGUACCCAGCUGUGUGUCCAUGAAGAGUGACAGGUCUAUGUAUCGACCUAUCAUGUUCAGUGAUGGAGGAGGACCUUCUAAUGAAGAAGGAGAUCAACAGGAGAAGUCUGAGUCAGACCAGAGUCACCAUGAGGACUUGUCCUCCAUAUUCACAGUGCUUGAGGAAACUGUCAUCAGGUUUGUGAAGAAAGAGCUGAAGAGGAUGAAGAGGAUUCUGAGUUCAGAUUUCCCAGAAGGCUUAGAGAGUCAGAGGGAGGACCAGGAAGUAGUGGACCCUGAAUAUCAGAAGCAGGAGAGCAGUGCCAGAGAGGGAGCUCUGAAGAUCACACUGCACGUCCUGAGGAACAUGAACCACAAUGAGCUGGCUGACACUCUGGAGAAAAAUGAGCGUGCUGAGAUUUGUCAACAGAAACUCAAAUCUGAACUAAAGAAGAAGUUAGAAACUGUGUUCGAGGGCAUAGCCAAACAAGGAAAUCCAACUCUUCUCAAUAAGAUCUACACAGAUCUCUACAUCACAGAGGGUGAGAGUGGAGAGAUCAAUAAUGAACAUGAGGUGAGACAGAUUGAGACAGCAUCCAGGAAAUCAGCAAGACCAGAAACAGCCAUCACAUACAACAACAUCUUUAAACCCUCAGCUGGACGAGAUACACAUAUCAGAAUUGUUCUGACAAAAGGAGUUGCUGGCAUCGGAAAAACUGUCUCUGUGCAGAAGUUCAUCACAGAUUGGGCUGAAGGACUAGCCAAUCAGGAAAUCCAGUUAAUCUUUCCUCUGCCAUUUCGAGAGCUGAAUUUGUUGGAUGGAAAAGAGUUCAGUCUGAUGGAACUUGUCCAUCACUUCUUCUCAGAAACCAGAGAAUCAGGAAUCUCCAACUACGACAAGUACAACGUUCUGUUUGUCUUUGACGGUCUGGAUGAGUGUCGACUGCCCUUAGCCUUCAAAAAGAACAAGAGCUGGUGUGAUGCCACAGAGUCCACCUCAGUGGAUGUGCUGCUGACCAACCUGAUCAGAGGAAAGCUGCUUCCCUCUGCUCUCAUCUGGAUCACCACUCGACCUGCAGCAGCCAAUCAGAUCCCUUCUGAGUGUGUUGACCUGGUGACAGAGGUACGAGGGUUCAAUGACCCACAGAAGGAUGAGUACAUCAUGAAGAGAUGCAGUGAUGAGAUCCUGGCCAAGAGAAUCAUCUCACACAUCAAGACAUCAAGGAUCCUCUACAUCAUGUGCCACAUACCAGUCUUCUCUUGGAUUACUUUUACAGUCCUUGAACACAUGCUGAGAACAGAGAAGAAAGAGAAGAUGCCCAAGACCCUGACUGAGAUGUACACAACCUUCCUGGUGUUACAGACCAAACAGAGGAAAGUGAAGUAUGCUGGGAAAACUGAGACCGAUCCACACUGGGAUGAAGAGAGCAUUCAGAGUAUUCUGUCACUGGGAAAACUGGCCUUCCACCAGCUGGACAAAGGCAACCUGAUUUUCUAUGAGAAAGACCUGACAGAGUGUGGCAUUGAUGUCUGUGAUGCCUCAGUGCACUCAGGAGUGUUCACACAGAUCUUCAGACAGGAUGGUAAAGUCUUCCAGGAGAAGGUGUUCUGCUUUGUCCAUCUGAGCUUUCAGGAGUUUCUGGCUGCUGUGUUUGUGUUUCUCUCAUUCAUCAACAACGAGCAGAAUCUGAUGUCUGAGACUCCAUCAGCUUCCAGUUCCAACAAACUUUUGGCUCUUUUCAAAGAGAAACCAGAAGUCCGAUUCUACAAGAGUGCUGUGGACAAGGCCUUGCAGAGUAAGAAUGGACAGCUGGACCUUUUCCUCCGCUUCCUGCUGGGCCUCUCAAUGGAGUCCAACCAGACUCACUUACGAGGCCUACUGAGUCAGAACAGUAACAAGACAGAGAGCCAUGAGGAAACAGUCAAGUACAUCAAGGAGAAGAUCAGAGAGGAUCCCUCUGCAGAGAGAUGCAUGAAUCUGUUCCACUGCCUGAAUGAACUGAACGACCAUUCUCUGGUGGAGGAGAUCCAACACUACCUGAGCUCAGGAAGUCUCUCCAGUGAGAAGAAGCUCUCAUCUACACAGUGGUCAGCUCUGGUCUUUCUGUUGCUGACUUCAGAAGAGAAGAUGGACGUGUUUGACCUGAAGAUAUACUCCAGAUCAGAGGAAGGUCUUCUGAGGCUGCUGCCAGUGGUCAAAGACUCCAAAACUGCUCUGCUGAAUGACUGUAACCUCUCAGCACGGUGCUGUGAAGCGCUGGCCUCAGCUCUCCCCUCCUCAGAUCUGACAGAGCUGGACUUGAGUAACAACAACCUGGGGGAUUCAGGCAUGAAGCUGCUCUCUGCUGGACUGAGGAAUCCACUCUGCAAGCUGGAGACACUGAGGCUGUCAGGCUGUCACAUCACAGAGGAAGGCUGUGCUUCUCUGAGCUCAACUCUGAAGUCAACCUCCUUCCUGAGACAUCUGGAGCUAAGUAACAAUGAUCUGAAGGAUGCCGGCAUGAAGCUGCUCUCUGCUGGACUGGGGAAUCCACUCUGCAAGCUGGAGACACUGAGGCUGUCAGGCUGUCUGGUCACAGAGGAAGGCUGUGCUUCUCUGGCCUCAGCUCUGAGGUCCAACCCCUUCCACCUUAGGGAACUGGACCUGAGCUACAAUCAUCCAGGAGAAAAAGGAUUGAAGCUGCUCUCUGCUGGACUGGAGGAUCCACACUGCAGACUGGAGAAACUCAAUGUGGAUCAUGGUGGAGAGUGCAGGAUCAAACCUGGCCCUAGGAGAUAUGCCUGUGAGCUCACACUGGACCCAAACACAGCAUGCAGAGACCUCUCUCUGUCUGAGGAGAACAGAAAGGUGACAAGGAGGGAAGAGGAGCAGCAGCCGUAUCCUGAUCACCCAGAGAGAUUUGAGGACAGGUCACAGGUGCUGUGUAGAGAGGGUCUGUCUGGGCGCUGUUACUGGGAGGCAGAGUGGAGUGGAGGAGGAGGGGUUUAUAUAGCAGUGACAUAUAAAGGAAUCAGCAGGAGAGGAAGGGGUGAUGACUGUGGGCUUGGAUACAAUAACAAGUCCUGGAGUCUGUUCUGUGAUGAUAACAGAUACUAUGCCUGGCACAAUAAUAAGAUCACUGUCAUACCUGCCCCCCCCUCCAGCUCCCACAGAGUAGGAGUGUAUCUGGACUGGCCGGCCGGCACUCUGUCCUUCUACACAGUCUCCUCUGACACACUGACCCACCUGCACACAUUCCACAGCACAUUCACUGAGCCCCUCUAUCCUGGGUUCAGGGUUUAUGACUCCUCAGUGUCCCUGUGUCAGGUAGAAUAGCCCACACACACUCACACACACCGUGCUCACAUAGAUGUUAGUGAAGACUGAACUGUACAGUUGGAAUUGAUAUCCCAGAGUGUUUGUAAAUAUUGGUGUGUGUAGAAUGUUUGUUUUGUUUUAACCUUUUAGAUGUAAAUAUUACUGAUAUUAAAUAUUAUUAAUAUCUCUAAAUAUUACCGACGCUUCCACCAGAGUGAGUUAUUUUUCCAAAACGGAAGCUAGCUUUAGUUAGCUUCCGUUACCUAGCAACCUAGCAUAAUACUCGUAGCAAUGCUACUACCUGCUAGUGUUACUUGUUAGCCUCCUAAUU